CCCGGCCGCGGAGCAGCAUGGCGGAGCCCGGGCAGCGGCCGCGCGGCCGCCCGCCGCCCCUCUGAGCCCGGCUCUGGGGCAGCCGGGCGCCCCAGACCCGACCCCCGCCCCGCCGCGCCCGCCGCCGCACUUGUCCCACCGCGCGACCCCUGGAGCGCCGCGCACCCCUGGGACCCUUGCGCGCCCGGCUCCCCGCGUAACCCGGGACCCCGCGCGCCCUGGGAGCCCGGUACCGCCCCGGGACCCCGUGCGUCCCUGGACCGCGACGCAGCUCCGGGACGUCGGCGCGCUCUGGGACCCGCGCGCUCUCAGAACCCCGGACUCGGCCAACCGGGCUGCGCGCCUGGGGAGGGGCCCCGCCUCAGAGGGUCCCCCUCUUCCAGCAGACGGAGCCCCGCCCCAGAGGGACCCCCAGGUCCGGCAGGGACACCCAGCCCCGCCCCAGAGGGCUCCCAGCAUCCAGUCGCUGGAGCCCCGCGUCCCGGAGGAACCUCCGUGCCCAGCUGGGGGCUCCUCGCCCCGCCGAGGGGGCGCCGCCCAGGAGGGUCCCCGCGCCCCGCGGGCCCCGGCAGGAUGCACGCCGCCCUGGCGGGGCCGCUGCUCGCCGCCCUCCUCGCCACCGCCCGCGCCCGCCCGCAGCCCCCGGACGGAGGACAGUGCCGGCCGCCCGGAUCGCAGAGGGAGCUGAACUCCUUCCUGUGGACGAUCCGGCGUGACCCCCCGGCGUACCUUUUUGGCACCAUCCACGUGCCCUACACGCGCGUGUGGGACUUCAUCCCGGACAACUCCAAGGCAGCCUUUCAGGCCAGCGCUCGCGUCUACUUUGAGCUGGACCUGACCGACCCCUAUACCAUCUCGGCGCUGGCCAGCUGCCAGCUGCUCCCGCACGGUGAGAACCUGCAGGAUGUGCUGCCGCGGGAGCUCUACUGGCGCCUGAAGCGCCACCUGGACUACGUGAAGCUGAUGAUGCCCUCGUGGAUGACGCCGGCGCAGCGGGGCAAGGGGCUCUAUGCCGACUACCUGUUCAACGCCAUCGCGGGCAACUGGGAGCGCAAGAGACCUGUGUGGGUGAUGCUCAUGGUCAACUCGCUCACGGAGACGGACGUGCGCUCCCGCGGCGUGCCUGUGCUGGAUCUCUACCUGGCCCAGCAGGCCGAGAGGAUGAAGAAGAGCACCGGGGCCGUGGAGCGGGUGGAGGAGCAGUGCCACCCUCUUAAUGGGCUCAACUUCUCCCAGGUGCUGUUUGCCCUGAACCAGACUCUGCUGCAGCAUGAGAGUGUGCGGGCGGGGAGCCUGCAGGCGCCCUAUACCACAGAGGACCUCAUCAAACACUACAACUGUGGGGAUCUCAAUGCUGUCAUCUUCAACCACGACACAUCCCAGCUGCCCAGCUUCAUCAACACCACCCUCCCGCCGCACGAGCAGGUGACAGCCCAGGAGAUCGACAGCUACUUCCGCCACGAGCUCAUCUACAAGAGGAACGAGCGGAUGGGAAAGAGGGUCAUGGCGCUUCUGCAGGAGAAUGAAGAUAAGAUCUGCUUCUUCGCCUUCGGAGCAGGUCAUUUCCUGGGAAACAACACAGUCAUCGACGUCCUUCGGCAGGCAGGGCUGGAAGUGGAGCACACACCGGCAGGGCAGACCAUCCACAGCCCCGCCGCCCGGAGCCCUGAGCCCCCACCCGAGAGGACCUCGGCGAGUCCGGCCCCAGUCACCCCUGCCACCGCCGUCCCUGCAGCGCCCUCGGCAACCCCCACCGUCCCGCCUGAGGAGGAGGACCCGGCCCUGUCCCCACACCUCCUGCUCCCCGACAGCCUCAGCCAGCUGGAGGAGUUUGGGCGGCAGAAGAAGUGGCACAAGAGGCAGAACAAGCAGCAGAGGCCACGGCAGUUCAAUGACCUGUGGGUUCGCCUCGAGGACAGCACGGCCGCCUCACCGCCCCCGCCACCCCUGCAGCCCACACACAGCCCUGGGACCGCGGGGCCAGCCUUGCAGCUCUCAGAGCGGCUUCAGCAGCGGGAAGAGCCGGGCCCCACCAGCAGCUCAGCGCCCUGCCGCCCCCAGCCCACCCUAGGCCUCCUCCCCGCCAUUGUGGCCUGCGUUGCAGCCCCUCUCCUGUGGCACCGCCUUGGGCCCUCCUGACCUUGGGCACCAGUACAGAGAAGCCAGAGAAACCACAGGAGGGUGUGUGGCCAUCCCCCCCCCCAACUGCCCCUGCCACCACCUCGGGGGUGCCUGACACCUCACGGGCAGUCCAGACGGGAUCCGUUAGAACACUAGAGCUUUAUUGUACCCGAGUUACAUCUUCUUUUUUGUAGAAGGAUCUUAAUUUCCCAUAGUGCUAUGGGGCUCUUUUGUAAAAUAUGUGUCCAUAUUAAAAAAGAAAAAUGUAUUUAUUCUUACCGAUAAAA